AUGCUGAAACAACUCCUGGGUCGUCGAUGGUCUCUGACAAGGAGCGUAGAGGUCGAUGAUGCAGAUGAGAAGGAGUCGCAAGCAUCAGCCAUGCGGGAGGAAGACGCAAGGUUGGCAGCAGAGAUCUACUCUCAGCCGGAGGGCACGGGGGAACACACAUUUGGGUCCAAACCCUCGACGAGCUCGGCAAGUAGGAGCAGGACUUACGAUGAGGGCGGAGUGGACCGGUUGAGCAACAAGGUGAAGCUAAGGCUCGAGCAUAGCGUGUUUCGUUUCUGGGCUUUCUAUGCCAAAGGGGUUGCGAGCAUGAAAGGCUUGAAGCGAAGGUGUGACAAGACUCUGGUGUACCCCUUCUUCUGGCAGUGGACCCUGUACGCGGCGAGGAGUGCUUACACGAAGAAAAACGAUCACUCGAGGGCCCUCAAGGUCCUGCAGAUUGCCUACAACAAGUGGGCUAGGUUCCACUACAGGAUCCGAGCGAUCAGGCUCGCGAUGCUGCAGCGGGAGGUCCACGAGAAGAAGUUCCUAGCAUCGCACAUGUUCAGCUGGACAAGGAUCCUGCAGAGGAGGAAGGCGCAGCUGCGAGCGAGGAGGCGAUGGAUGGCGUUCGAGCUCCGGCAGGCGUUCUUCACCCUCUUCGAGCAGGUCCUGAGGAUCAAGACUCUCGCAAAGACCUCCGAGUGGAUCCGCAACAAGUACAUCCUCUUCACCCUGGACCGGGCGCUCAGGGCAUGGAGGUACAACAGGCUGCUGGACAAGAAGAGCUUCACCCUCGUGCAGUCGACCAUCGAGCGGUGGAUCAACUACACAAUGGCCGCCCAUUUCUUCGUCUGGAAGGACAACGUCUUCCAUGUCUCCUCGGCCCCCGUCAAGCUUGUUGACGACCCUCCCCUUCUCCCGCCCAUCAUACACAAGUACGGGAAGGAUCUCACGUUCACAACGAUGCCGAGCCUACCGCUCCAUGACAAGUUGCUUCCUGUCAAAGAACGGCCAGCCGCAGUCUCCCCCGUCAAAGAGAUCCAGUCGUACUUGGGCAAGCUGCGCUCGCUGAACUGUCAGACUAACAGGCUCCCGAGCAUACAGAAAUUCGGCAGUGCGAAGCAUCGAUACGACUUCUUGGUUCAAAGGCAGAUUGAUGCUCAUCGCUGA